UCAUCUUGAAAAAGACAAACAAAAACCCUAACAAUCUCCUCUGUAAAAAAAUGUCUGAUACUUCAGAUUCCAUUAAAGCAGCUUGAUAAGCAUCAAGAGCCCAUGAUGAAAUGGUGAAUCUUUUUGAAUUUUCAUGGCGGGUUUAAGUAUGGGUUUGGCUUGCAGAUCCAAUUUCUCUGUAAUUCCCCUGUUUUACUGUUUCUCCAAGGUUCAGUUCAACACUGCUACUGCUGCUGCAAUUUAUCAUCAUGACAAGGGUAAAGCACCAAAGUGGAAGAAAUUGAAUUCAGAAGAUCUUGGGAUAACCAGUUCUAUGAUUUCAAAGCCCGCCCGGGUUGUUCUAAAUGGCCUUAAGAGUAAAGGACAUGAUGUUUACCUUGUUGGAGGCUGUGUAAGGGAUCUUGUUUUGAAAAGGACACCAAAAGACUUUGAUGUACUUACUUCUGCAGAACUUAGAGAUGUUGUUCGAACUUUCUCAAGAUGUGAAAUUGUUGGAAGAAGGUUUCCUAUAUGUCACGUGCACGUUGGGAGUGAUAUGAUUGAGGUUUCGAGUUUUAGCACAUCUGCUCAACAUUCUCCUAGAACUGGUUCUGGAAAAUUCAAUGGCUCCUAUGACGAGGACAGAAUCCGUUACAAUAAUUGCUUGCAGCGUGAUUUCACUAUUAAUGGUUUGAUGUUUGAUCCGUAUGCCAAAGUUGUAUAUGACUAUCUCGGGGGAAUGGAAGACAUUAGAAAAGCCAAGCUACGGACGGUGUUUCAUGCUGGCACAUCUUUUCAAGAAGACUGUGCCCGGAUUCUUCGUGGAACAAGAAUUGCUGCGCGUUUAGGCUUCACAAUAGCCAAGGAAACAGCUCAUUUUUUAAGGAACCUUUCCUUCCUUGUACAAAGACUCCACAGGGGAAGAAUCUUGAUGGAAAUGAAUUACAUGUUAGCAUAUGGAUCAGCAGAAGCUUCUUUAAGAUUGUUGUGGAAAUUUGGGAUACUAGAAAUUCUUUUACCAAUUCAGGCAGCAUAUCUCGUUCACAGUGGUUUCAAGAGACGUGACGAAACGACUAACAUGCUUCUGUCUCUCUUCGGCAAUUUGGAUACUUUGUUGGCUCCAGACAGACCUUGCCCCAGCAGCUUAUGGUUAGCAAUAUUGGCUCUUCACAAAGCCCUUGCUGAUCAACCUCGAUAUCCUUCAGUGGUUGCCGCGUUCAGCCUUGCUGUACACAAUGGUGGAGAUGUUCUAGAAGCUAUAAAAAUCACCGAGGAAGUCACAAAGCCACAUAACAUAAGCUUCUUCGAGCUACUGGAGCCAGAGGAAAUGGACUCCCAAACCUUAUUGGAUGAAGUCAUGGAUCUUGAUUCAUCUGUCAAAGAAGCCUUGGGACAGAUGACUAAUGGGAAGUUUAUUUCUAAGGCUAUGGCAGCGUAUCCUCAGGCCCCACGUUCCGAUAUGGUUUUCAUACCGUUGCAGUUGUACCUAGAUGCAAGAAGAAUAUUCGAGUGUGUGAAAGAAAAUGUGCAGAAGGAAUUUGUGCCUAAGCAAGACAGUGAAAUUGAUUAUACCUCAUUAUCUUCAGGCUACCUUCCAGAAGUUAGACAUGUAUUUGCCAGGGUUGUUUUCGACACAGUCUUUCCAUUAAACCCAUCUCAAGAGUUGUAGUCCCUCUUGGAUUUGAUAGACGGUAGAACGCAAAAGGAUAUUUUCAAAAACUUUUCGUAUGUAGAACAUAAUAGCUAGAUGUAGUGAACACCAUUUUUGUACUAUUACAAGGUAGAAACAAAAUAAGAAUAAUAAUUGGGAGUUUUGUUUCCCUUAUAUUGGUCUAGUGUGACGGCUAUGCGAUGGAAUGUCCUUGUAGUUUUAUGCACUUACAGAUGGAGCAAGCGCAGUAGCUGCUGGAGGAGAAGCACCACCAGUGGUUGGCCUAAGAAAAUGAGAAAAAUAUAGGUGAUGAAAAAACUUACAAUCCAGCUAAAACUUUGACAGCAUCAUAGAUAACCCACUGCGCUCCAGUGAGUGUUCCUAUCAUGAAAAUGCAAAGAGGAGGGCCCCUGGUAAACAUACCCCAAAAAAUAGCCUUUUUACUGCCUGUAGCAUGUGAACGAAUAACAACCAAGUCGGUAGCAGCCAUAUAUAUAUAUCAGUGGAUGUAUCUGAGUUGUUGUCUGUUCUGGUGAAGUAAGGAUUUGUAUGGAAUUUCACUCACAUCAGUAACAGUUUCUCCUUUAGAGUUAUUGAGGAAAGAGACGAACUUAUCUGCAGGAUGUGAGAUGACUGCGCAGAAAAUUCCUGCAAUGUAUCCACCUGCAAAGCUGACUCAAAGCUGAACUGGCUUCGAGCACUCCUCUUUUGGGGUAGGCAUCACUUUCUUGUAUAUGAGCUCCCCGUUAUUGUCAAAAGUAGCAAAUUUCAGAAAUGUAUCCACAGCAGGCAUUCUUUUUAGUCUUUAUCUGAUGAGUAUUUGUCUUGCCUGCUGUCAGAAAUGUUGUAAGGGAAUUGAUUUUGUGGUUCUGUUUGGCAUUCAACUGUUGAUUUGAUUGGUGGUAUUCAGGAAA